AUGCUUCAAACACCGAGGGGACAUGUCCGGCAGCGCUCGACAGCAUCCAUUGGCCCAUACGAGGCAGAGAAGAAGGACAUCGCCGCCGAGGAGCCUUUGCUCGAAGACGAUGUGACCAUUCAUGUUCCUACCAAACGAUUACCUGCCGACCGGCCUGUGGCCAUACUCUGGGGAGCUUCGCUUGUCUUGACUGCACUCAUCACAUACCUGAUAAGCUCGAGGACAAGUAGCGGCGAGCUUGGCGCCUUGGCGAAGGGAUAUGCAACGGAAUUGGAAAGUGCCAAGUCCGCUAUCGAAGUCGUCGUGACGCAGUUCACAGGCAGUCUGGACUUCAAAGGUAAACAUGGCUUUAUCCCUCUCGACUCGCCCAGUCAGAAGUAUGUUGGAAACACUGCAGACGUGGACGCAGCCUGGUCCGAGCUAGUAGAUGAUCGGUACUUCCUGUUGACCAAUGAUGAGGCCCAUAAAGCCUAUGGGGACGACAUCGAGACUACUUGGAACGUACACCAUGGAGGAUACGUCGCUGGGCUUGACGUCUUGCAUACUCUGCACUGCCUGAAUCAGCUCCGAAUGUCACUGUAUCCGAAGAUCUAUCCUCAGGACCCGGAACAUGGUGUCAUGCACAAAGCUCACUGCUUGGACCAUCUUCGACAGCUCGCCAUGUGCAAUGUUGGCCUCACGCCUGUACCUACACAAUGGUUUCCUGGUCUCGGGCAAAACUACAUCAACUCGUCUCGUGAGCAUACUUGCCGUGACUUCUGGCAAGUUCGAGAUUGGGCUACAGAGCGCUUCAAUGGAAGUACUGCGGUCAAGCCGCGCAAUAAGGACGGUUCCCUGAGAGAAGAGUUCUAUGCACCAUGGUCUCCUUGA